AUGUGCUCCCCCAGUACCGAUCGAGUCAAUUGUCAAGUCUGUGGCAGAAGCAGGCGAGUUCCUCCGGAACUGAUGCCAAAUGCACAGUACUUCGUUUGCCGUGACUGUGUGGCAAGAGCAUUCCCCGAUCUCCGCGAUAGACACCACACUGACUUUCGUAAUAUCUCAACAACCGACAUUGAGUCCACACUUUAUGAUCCGUAUGCGUCUGAGAGGUUGGAGGAGCCGCCAAGAACUGCUGACGAUGCGGUUCGAUCUGAGAACCGUCUCAAGGCUAUGGAGCGCGCAAAAUCACAGAUGUUCGAGAUCAAAAGAGUUACAUCGACGUUUUUCAAGGUCAAUAGCAGCGGGAAUGUCGAAACAGUUCCCACCACGCGUGGGUCAUUGGAGUUGUCGGAUCUAGCUGUAGAUGACGAUGAUGGUACUUGCAAAAUCUGUAUGGAGAAUCCCGCCACCAUCAUAUUGCUCCCUUGUGGGCACGGUGGCCUAUGCCAGGGAUGUGCCAAGGAUUUGGUGCUAGCAGGGAAGACAUGCUACAUUUGUCGAGAGGAGUUCACCAUGUUGGCCGAGAUGAAUCAAAAAUGGUCGAAAUCGGAGGCAGUUAUAACAGCUACCUCAGAUCACGAGGAGGACCAAAGGAAGGAGGAGGCGGAAUAUUUGGGUCGAAUGAUCCGACCUGAUGCACUCCAUCAUGUAACUUCUAGUGCGAGAGAUGAUGGGCAGAGCCUCCUCGUCGCAGCUGGUAAUGGGGACACUCUUGAUGCCGCAGCGAGCCUCCCACUGUCUGGCAAUGCUGACACUGAUGAUACUUCGGCAACAGAGAGACAUGUACGAGAUACAAUGCAGCCCCAACAGGAGCUCUCAAGUGGAACUCUAGCAUCAGUGGAUAGGAAAGCUGGAACUGCUGUUAUUGCUUUAUGA